GGGGAAGUUAUUGCUCUCCUGUCCCUCUCCUGCUCCAGGUUCAACGCCAAAGCUUUUGCCUGUGGGUUUUUCUCUGCCCCAGACCUUCUCUAACCCACCUCAGCCGUGCUCCCUGUUUGACUGGAGUCAAUUUAGUGCACCUAAUGGAGUUACUUCUCUUCAGCUGCUGGCAGGAAAGUGGGGAGGAGAAAAUUACCUAAGUGAUAGUGAGGUUGCCACGAACUAUAUAAAACUGGGAAAUCAAAGCGGAGAAACUCCACCUCGCAGUUCUGAACCACAAGCACAACCCCUGAAGAGAAACCCACCCCACAAGUGAGUGAACUCAAAGGCUUGAACUCCAACCAAGCUGCAUGAGCUCAGAGCUGCUGCGGGACUGAGAAGCCCGGCGCUGUCCCGGCCGGAUCCCGCUGCCCCGGGAGCAGGGAGCGCAGCUCUCGGCAGCUUUCCCAGCCAUGCAGUGGGGGCAGCUCCUGUGCAUCGCCGCCUGCCUGGUGCAGCUGGCUGGCUGCGCUGCUGGGAGCCCGACAGCCACCUCCACACCGGCAGCCACCCCCACACCGGCAGCCACCCCCCCACCGGCAGCCCCCCCCACACCGGCAGCCACGGGCGUGAGGACGAGGGACACCAGCGGUGGGACAGCCAGCGGAGCCACCAAUGCCACCACAGCCACCAGAGAUGCCAGCAGUGCCAAACCUACAUCUGCUCAAGCCACAGUCGGGUCCGUGGCCACCAGCCUCACAUCAUCAGGGGUCAGUGGGCAGCUGAGCACGAGCCCCCAGCCCAACCCAGCCCCCACAUCCCCGCCGGGCACCUCCCUGGAGGCACAUGGGAGCUCGGGGGUCCCCACAACCCAGAGCCCCCUGACACAGCCCAGGGACCAGGCAGAAACCUCGGGCUCUGUGGCGGCCGGGACGAACUCUGCAGCCACCUCGGAGCAUCCUCCUGUGCCAGCUGCCACCACAGCCCUGCACGCAGCCAGGGACAGCCCCAAGCCUCCCUCCCCUGCCAUCACCUGCCACAGUGCCAGGGACGAGGGUGACACUGGAGCCAUCUGCCUGCAGCUCAACCAGUCCAGCACCUGCGAACACUUUUUAGAGAGGAAGGGAUCGGAUUUAUGGCAAGCACUGUGUGAAAAUGGAACCUACACCGUGGACUCCUCCUGCGAGAUCAAACUCAUUCCAUCCAGCCUGGACAGGGACUGUUUGCUCCUCAUCCUCAGAGGAGAGAAAGAUCCUGACAAACUGCUGAACAUGCUCCAGAAGUCUCACUGGGAAAAGUUUGGAAUAGAAUCCCUUAAAAAGGAGAGCGCGAGGGGCCGCCGGGACUCUUCUCAGAAGACCCUGAUUGCCCUGGUCACAUCUGGGCUGCUGCUGGCGUUCCUGGGCCUGGCCGGAUAUUUCCUGAUGAGGCGGCGCAGCUGGAGCCCCGCGGGAGAGAGGCUGGCUGAAGACCCCUAUUACACGGAGAACGGCAGCCAGGGGAACACGAUGCUGAUGUCGCCCUCCCAGGAGCCAGCAGAGCUGCAGGAGAAGCCAAACCUCCCAAACCUCAACGGGGGCACCCAGGAGAACGGGACAGGCCAGGCGUCCUCCAAGAACAGCCACUCAGCCCGGCAGCACAGCCCCGCUGACACCGAGAUGUGACCGGGCCCAGAGUCCCCACGGGAGCCACCAGGGCAGCGGAGGGACAGGGCAGGGCAGGAGAUUUCUGUGGACAGAUAGGGAAUUGCAGACCUUCUGUAUUGUUAUUAUUGUCUCUGUGAAGAACUUCAAAAUCAGCCUAAAGCACAUUGAGGGCCAGAGCUGCCAAAGAACAACUUCUCUGCCUCUGCCUCCUCCUCCUCCUCCCACUGACCACACAAGACACUUUUUUGCAGCUGUUCUGUGCUUUUGUUGUUAGAAGAACAUCAGGACAAGUGCGAGUGCCCUUAGCCCUCCGCAGCUUUUAAGCAGAGGCAGAGUCUGACUCCAAGCAGCCCGAAUUUCUGGUAGCAAUAUGUUAGGCUGACUAAAGUAGUUAAGUUGGGAUUGCAGUGACAAAAGCCUCUCAGGUUUCAGAUAGUUUGGGUUAACAGAGUUGUUUAUAAUCUCAUCUUUAUGUUUAAGUGCAGGACUUCUCCCUCUUCUAAGGCCAUCAGGCAUUUAACCCCCUUCCGGUGCUUUAGGCUCCUGUCCUAUUUCCUACUCCAGCAGAAUUUGCUGAAGCUCUGUAAAACUUUCCACAUGGAAUUGAAGGCUGGAAUGUCAAUAGGCCUCAACCUUGUUUCUUUGUGAAUCCUACCAGAACUGUGUCCUGUAGCUGUUUUAGAGGAAAAAUCCUUCCCCGGCCUCCUCUUGUCAGGGGCUGGGGGUUUGUGACGAGGCAGAGCCAGCAAUUUAUCCCUUGAGUGAGAUGGAGAACUCUGGAUAGGGCCAUGGGGCUCUGUGGGAGCUGGCACCUGGGGCAGGAAUUUGGGAAUGAGAGGUGCCAAAGGGCUCCCAGAAGGAUGAGUGGGAAAUAAAAUCCCAGCUCUGCAGUGGGUAUUCCUCUCCCUGCAGCAGCAGCAAGUACACUAACAAGGAGCAGGAUUUUCACUUUGGGAAGCACCAAAUCCCAGGAGCAGGAGCAGGAGCAGGAGCAGGAGCAGGAGCAGGAGCAGGUCUGACCUCUCUCUGUGCUGAUCCUGCUCCCGAGGGAAGCACUGCUGCAGCCACAUCGAGCUCCCAGCAGCUCGGUGGGAGCCAGGGACCCACGGCAGGUUUGUUCCCCAUCCCAAGCACAUUUUUAGGGAGCCAAAGCCCUGAUUAUGCCAGCCCUGUGCUGCUGGUGCCAGACCAGGAGGGGUGGUAGUUCAACACGAACACCAACAGCCACCUCCACACCCAAAAUAAGCCCAAAAAUGGCCCUUGAAGCUGAUCCACCCUCUCAUGAGUGAAUUCAUCCCAACCUUUCCUCAGUGCUGAACACCUGAGGGGAGGGGUUUUUUCUGGUACAGCGUUCAAAGCAAUGACAGCAACGUCCGUCACCACCUGGGGCUGGUUUUUUGUGGGGGCAAGAGUCGCUUAAACACAAUUAAAAUAUUCCAGGCUGUUUGCUUUGGUGUGACUUGCUUCUCCCACAUCUCAUUGUAAAUAAUCCCCGUUGAAAAAGAAAAAUAAUGAAGUGCUAAAAACCGG